AUGUUUACAAAUAAAUAUAAAUUAAUUAGUUUUAUCAGUAGAUAUAAUAAUAACAAUGUUAGUUUAAAUAGAAUAAUAACAAUUGGUACCAGAUUGUAUAGUAGUAGUAAUAGAUACGAUGCAGAUGCAAAAUUAAGUAAUACAGAUAUCCUUAGAAAGAAGUUGAUCUAUCAAUCAAAGGAAAGAGGAAUGCUAGAGAACGAUCUUUUGUUGGGAAGUUUCGCAUCUAAAUACCUCAAUGAUUUCGAUCACAAUAAGCUGGUGGAGUACGACAAUAUCAUUCAACAACCAGAUCCCGACAUCUAUAACUGGGCACUCAAUAAACAAGAUAUUCCAGAGGAAUUGAACACCGAAGUGAUGAAGUUACUUCAACAUCACUGUCAAAAUAACCCAUUGGGUUAUCCAAAAAACUAA